UUUGGCAUAUUUAUUUUCAUAUAAUCGAUCCUCCCUCCAGUUAUCACAUAGAAUAGUGAUAGAAUAAAAAUAAUUAUUUUGUACAUUUACCAACAUUUAUCUAUUUUUAGAAAACAAUGUUAGCGUCGCCAUUGGUGGCACGAAUCCCUUUAAAUUAUACUAAAAUGUGCUUUCUCGUCAACUGUCUCAAAAGGUUGAAAAGUUCUCAACAGUGGUUGAACAGACAAAAAGCUGAUCCUUAUGUUGAAAAAGCAAAAAUUUACAAUUACAGGUGUCGAAGUGCUUUCAAGUUGAUAGAGAUGAAUGAAAAAACGAAAAUCCUGACUCCGGGUACAUCCGUCAUAGACCUCGGAGCAUCACCAGGCUCUUGGACACAGGUUGCAGUGCAAUUGACUAAUGCAGAUGGAGCUGAUAAAACAAAACCUAAGGGAUCAGUGCUUGCCAUUGACAAAUUACAGAUAUUUCCCAUUGAGGGUGCCACAAUAAUGAAUAAUUUGGAUUUCUCAACAAUUGAUGCACAUGACAAAGUUGUGGAUGCUCUCAACGGCCAGCAAGUAGAUGUAGUAUUAUCCGACAUGGCUCCAAGUGCCACUGGUGUGAGGGAGCUAGACAAGGAUAGAAUAAUUGGUCUUUGUUACAUGGCCUUGCGAUUUGCAGCUCUAGUCACUAAAAUUAAUGGUAGUUUAUUAUUUAAAGUCUGGGAUGGCAAAGAAGUACCUAUACUUGAAAUGGACCUAGAAAGGUUCUAUAACAAUAUCAAGAUCUUAAAACCCAAAGCCAGUAGAUCAGACUCUUCAGAAAAGUUCAUUCUUGCUCGUGGAUUCAAGGGAGUACAAAGACCUUUGAGGAAUGGUAGGUGGGGAGAAUAGAUUAUUGUAAUAUAUAAUAAUGUAUGUAAUAUAAUCCCAAGUCUUCCAAACUCAAAUAUAUGCAAUUGUAUUUUAGGUAAGACUAUGUUAUAAGAAGAGUUUUAGGGUAAGUAUCAAGAAAAAUCUAAAAUAAUAAAAAAACGAGAUGGAAAUAAAAUAAGUUUAAUUUGUUAUAGCAUCCUCAAGCGUAAAUUAGUAACAGUAUAAGAUCACAAUUCAAAAACAAUGUUCACAAAAUCACACACAACACAAUAAAAAUAGUUUUUGUACCUUGUUCACUUUAGAACAAAAUUUAUGAAGAAAAUAUCACAAUACAACCAUAUUUUUGUAGGUAGCUUUAGCAUAUCUUAAACUUAAACUAUGUCAAUUGGAUAUCAACAUUGUAAUAAUAAAAUCUUGUCAUAGAGAUUUGUAAUAAAAAAAGGGUGUUGUAAGUUAUAAUAAUGCUGUCUAUAACAUUUGCUAUGUUUCUCUAUUUACAUAUAAAGGCUCUAUGAGCAGAACAAGUAAUAAAUUAUCAGCAAAAUUUGUAAAAUGGUUCAAUAAUCAGAGAGGUACAGUCAGCCGCAUGACAAGUAGUUACAAAGGAUUCUAUACAGGGUACUAUUUAAAACCCUUUGUGACAGUAAUAGUGGCGAAUUUGCAAUAAUUUUGUGUAAGUUGAUGCGCUGUUGACUGUACCUACCAUUAUUUUAUGUUGAAUCAACAUAAACAUUUUAUUCUUGUAUAUUUACAAUUCCAAGUUGGACUAAAAUACCCCAGCAUGUCAGGUAUAUUUUAUAAAAAUUACAUCAGCAGCAAAACAAUUUGCUCAUGAGAGUGAUAACUACAUCCUAGUCAUUACAAUUGAUCAAUAUAUAUAAAACUCUUCCGUUACUGACUGACUGACCACGUACAGCCGAAACUACUGGGCGUAGGAAGCUGAAAUUUGGCAAUGGGGAGUGUAAGUGAGCACUAAGAGAGGAUUUUUGGAAAUUUCAACAUAUGUGAACAACUUUUAUAUGAAAGUUCUAUACCGUUGAUGUUAGUGACUUCAAAUGUUUGGAUUUAAGUUGUUUACAAUAAAUUAAUAAAUACGA